AUGCAGACGAAAGAGUCGGAGAAAGUCACUGUCAGUGAUCAAAGCGCCCGCAAUAAUGAAGAGGAUGACGCUGCUUACCCUAGAAUGCAGAUCUUGAGCUCUUUGGACCCAAAGAGGUCCAACACCAAACUUUCUCUUCUUCCACCAACUUUACGAAAAGCAUGGCUCAACGUGAUCCGACCUCAUCGAGGCUUCCCCACACCGAAGCUCCUUCAAUACAGCAUCAGCCCACCUCCAACAAUAACGAUGGCCAGCGCAUAUCGAUUGGUGCAAAGAAUCUUGCGCUAG